AUGGGAUCCAAGCUGCUGUGCCUCUUCCUCGCCUCUGUCAUCCUUGCUUACUACAUUUACAGUCCCAUCCCAGAGGACUUUGACGAGCCCUGGAAAGUGAUGCUCAUUGCAGCUAGCUUCAGGACCAUUGAGCACCUGGCUGAGGUUGCUGAGUAUCUGGGUCUGAAGCACUACAUGGAUGUUUUGAUACUGAUCACAACUGUCGAGUAUGUCACACCCAUGUCUGAUGAAAACGUCACUGUGACAGACACAGAGUUCAACAACAUUACCGUCCGUCUGUACCUGCCCAGAAAGGCAUCUGAUGGGCUGAGGAGGGCAGUGAUCUACUUCCAUGGUGGAGGAUGGUGCGCAGGACAGGCAGGCAUGAAAUCCUACGAUCAUCUGACAAGGUGGACUUCAAACAUGCUAAAUGCUGUCGUGGUAUCAGUCAAUUACAGGUUGGCACCUAAAUAUCAUUUUCCCAUCCAGUUUGAAGAUGUGUAUUCGGUAACAAAGUUCUUCCUCCAGAGCAGUGUCCUCUCCCAGUAUGGGGUGGACCCAGAUCGGGUUUGUGUUGCAGGAGACAGUGCAGGCGGCAACUUAGCUGCAGCUGUGGCACAGCAGCUGUUGGAGGACCCUGAAGUCAAAACUAAACUCAAAGUCCAAGCUUUGCUUUACCCUGCUCUUCAAACCCUUGACCUGAAUUUGCCAUCUUACCAAGAAAAUGAAAACAAGCCCAUUUUAUCCAAGUCACUUAUGGUCAGGUUCUGGAGUGAGUAUUUCACUUCGGAUUUAUCUCUCAGGGAAGCAAUGAUCUCUAAUAGGCAUGUCCCGGUUGAGUCAAGCCACUUGUUUCAGUUUGUAAACUGGAGCAACUUGCUGCCUGAGGAGAUGAAGAAAGAUCAUGUCUACAGCAGUCCCACCUACGGCAACUCCAAGCUUGUCCAGAAGUACCCGGGGUUUCUGGAUCCAAGGGCGGCCCCGCUGCUGGCAGGCGAUGCCCAGCUACACAAGCUGCCCCGCACCUACAUCCUCACCUGUGAGCACGAUGUCUUACGGGAUGAUGGAGUCAUGUAUGCCAGGCGCCUCCAGGCAGCAGGCAUUCCUGUCACACAUGACCAUGCCAAGGAUGCCUUUCACGGGGCGAUGAUGUUUGUCUCAUUUCCAGCUGAGUUAGCUGUAGGGCACCGCCUGUUGAACAGAUAUAUUGAGUGGUUAAAUGAGAAUCUAUGA